AUGAAUACUACAGCAAUGAGCCCACUCACUGUUACCCCACUAGGUUUUGUUCCAGACUUUAAAAAUGCCACCCUUGAGCCUUUUAAUGAGACUGCAUGUGAAAACUGGAAAGAGAUUCAUCAUCUUGUUUUCCACGUGGCAAACAUUUGCUUUGCAGUUGGACUGGUUAUUCCAACUACUUUGAAUCUUCAUAUGAUUUUUCUGCGAGGCCUGCUCACCAUAGGAUGUGCGUUGUUCAUCAUUUGGGCUACACUCUAUCGUUGUGCAUUGGACAUAAUGAUCUGGAAUUCUGUGUUUUUGGUUGUCAACCUUUUACAUUUCAUAUACCUAGUGUAUAAAAGAAGACCGAUCAAGAUAGAGAAGGAACUUAGCAGCCUCUACAAGAGAAUGUUUGAACCUCUCCAUGUGCCUCCAGAGCUCUUCCAAAGGCUAACUGGACAAUUCUGCAACAUUCAGACUUUAAAGACAGGGCAAGCCUAUGCAGCAGAAGAUAAAACAUCGGUUGAUGAUAGGCUAAGCAUCCUGCUGAAGGGGAAAAUGAAGGUGUCUUAUCGAGGGCAUUUUCUGCAUAAUAUUUACCCCUGUGCCUUUAUAGAUUCUCCUGAAUUUCGAUCAACACAGAUGAACCGGGGUGAGAAAUUCCAGGUCACUAUUAUUGCAGAUGAUAACUGCAAGUUCUUGUGCUGGUCCAGGGAAAGGCUGACUUAUUUUCUAGAGUCUGAGCCUUUUCUUUAUGAGAUCUUCAAGUACCUUAUUGGCAAAGAUAUUACAAAUAAACUCUAUUCAUUGAAUGACCCAACCUUAAAUGACAAGGCUUCAAAAAAGAUUGAUCGACAGCCUAGUCUCUGCUCUCAGCUGUCUGUGAUGCAGAUGAGAAACAGUAUGGCCAGUACCAGUGACAGUGAGGAUGGCUUGCAGAUGUUUCUUCGUGGGACUUCCUCUGCAUCCUCUCUUCGAAAUAACCAACAAGAGUUCUAUAAUGCUUACGGAGUGAGUCGUUUGCAGCAUGAUGUUUUCUGUUGAUAACAUCACAUUAACUCAGCAGGCAUCCUCAAAAAGGCCCAGGCCGAACAUCUCCCUACCUGAGAACUUCAGCAAAGAUGAAGCCAAUAGAAGAAAGUGUUGAAGAUGAUGUUUUUGAAGCACCAUCUGCUGAUAAGUUUGAACUCCAGCGGCUGCCUUAAACAGAUGUAUCCUCAGGUGUAUCAGAGCUUGCACAAAGCUCUGGUGCAAAAGGAAGAAGUUGAAUUUGGGAGGAAUCUGAAAGCUAAACCCAUUCUCCAUGUUUGAAUUUACCACAGCAUAUGCCAGUGGCUUCUAGAUGGAAAUAUCACAUUUUAUUUUACUUCUAAAUAAAAUAAAUAAAACUUG